UAGCAGCAAGCCCGGUGAGAGCGCAGUGACGCGUCCGUUGUCCAGUUAUGAGUGAACCCGUGAGGCUACGCGUGGUGUUCGAGGACGCCGGUCUCCUGCGUGGAUCGCAGAGGCGGCGAGGGCUUCAGAGGUGCUGGCUCCAACUCCGACCUGGUAUUGACACCAUUGCCGACCUUGCUGCACACCUCCAUGUGACCUUCGGUCUCCAAAACUCCUGCCCUCACGGGCUCAUUAUCUCUAUGGAUGGUUUUGUUUUGCCAUUGUUCGAAUCAACAUGCAUUCUUAAGGAUGAGGACAUAAUCAUGAUUAAAAAGAAUGGCGUAAUGUUCCAUGAUUUUGUAAAGUUUUGUGGUAGUCAAAAUGAAGAAAAGGUUAUUCAAAGAAGACCAAUUUCAGCAUUUAACAAUAGGAUCUUGGCAAUUAUGGAUACUCAAGUAGAUUCACAAGGAGAUGAAAAUGAUAAGCAUCUUUUUAAUAGGAGCACAGUCCAUGUUGAAACACCACCAAGUGAACAAAUGAAUGAACAUUGCGAGAGAAAACAUUUUAAUAAACUUCAAGGAUCAAAUAAUACUUUAGCUAUCACGGAUUCUCAGGGGAAUUCACAAGGAGAUGAGGAGAAUGUUGGUCUUCAUGGAAAUAUAGAAAAUAAGGAAACUACAUCAUAUAAAAUGGUGAAUGCAAAGCGCAAGAAAAAACACGCCAACAAACUUCAAUAUCCAGAUACUUUGGCAAAUAAGGAUUCUCAAGCAGAUUCACAAGGAUAUAAAGCUGAUUUGGGUUUUCUUUUCCCACACAAGGAAACUUCAUCAAGUGAAAUGAUUAAACAGACUAGAAAGAGAAAACAUUUUAAUAUACUUGGGAGCUCAGAUGAUACUUUGGCUAUUAAAGAUUCUCAAAGAAAUUCAAUGAGGGAAGAAGAUGAUGUUCUUCAUGGGAAUACAGCUCACAAGGAAGCUACGUCAAAUGAAAUGAUGAAUACAAAGCCCAAAAGAAAACAUUCUAACAAACUUCCGGCCUAUGAUACUUUGGCUAUUAAGGAUUUUCAUGGAGGUUCACAAGGUGAUGAGCAGAAUGUUGGUCUUAAUGGGAAUAUAGCGAGUUUGGGAACCACAUCAAAUGAAAAGAUGAAUGCAAAGCACAAGAAAAAUCACACUAAUAAAUCUCGAUCGUCAGAGAAUGAAUCCAAGGGAAAUGAUGAUGGACUUGCAUCAAAGAAUGACCAAAGUGGAGAUGCCGUGAAGGUGCCAUCCAGAAGUGCUCGUCGGAAGAAAGCCAAAAGAAUUUGGCAUCGUACUUUAAAGAAAGAAAAAAAGGUUAUUGUUUCUGAAUUCUCGGAAGGUGACAACCAGAAAAAGGAACCAAAAUAUGCAAAUGAUGACCAGAAUACCGAUGCGGAUGAAGAAAUUGUUCAUGUUGUAGUUCCUGGUCAUAUUCAUUUUGAGUCUUCUGAUGCAUGUAGAGUGCGGUCAGAUGAACCACAGAAAACUCUUCAGUGGAAUGGGACAACGAGCAAGAAGAAGGGGCAAAAAUGGGGUCGAGAGGAUACCUUUAACAAAUGGGAUGAUGAUACUUCAAAUUGUUUAAGCAAUGUUAAAUCUUGUGAUGCUAAGGAAGAAAAGCUAGUUGAAGUUUCUAAUGAAAAAUCCGCUAUUGAAGAAGUGGAAGCCUAUAAAGAGUCUAUUGUUAAUCAAGUAGAGCCGGUUAAUGGGUGCAGUGGAAAUUCUGUUGCUAAAGAAUUUGAGGAAGUUAAGCAGCCGUUUGAAUUUGAGAGCUUCAAGCCCCUUCUUCGUUUUCCUGAGGAAGGUGAUGUACUAGUCUACCGUGUUGUUGAACUAUCAUCUUCAUGGUGCCCACAGCUUUCUACUUUCCGAGUUGGCAGGGUUUCAUCAUAUGACUGCAGCUCUUCAAAAGUUAUCCUGCUUCCACUCCCUGAAUACCCCCUUAUAUCGGAAGAGAGAUUAGAUGAAGGGCAAGAAAGUAGUAGCCUUUAUAAAGAAGAUGGAACUUUAGAGAUUGAUUUCCCUUCUCUUGUGGAUGUGAGGUUGUUUAAAGCCGCUGAGUCUAUAGAAACAACUCCCAGCACUACUCCAAUAGAAAGUCAGAAUGCUGCUGCCGUACAUAUUCAGGAAUCCGCAUCUUGUAGCAGCAACAGGAUAGAAAUUAGUUCCGAUUAUACAGUGAAUGAUCAGCUUAGUGAGGGCUGGGAGGUCAUAAACCGGGCCCUGAACGAGAAGAAAGCUCAGCUUCAGAAGCAAAAUGAUUUGGAUAAAAGAAAGUCCAGCUUAAAAACUACCUCAACUGGUCCAUGGUCUUACAGUGCAUUGAGAAGGAAUGCUUUGGGUCCAACUUUAAGCAUGUUAAGAAACAGUAAUGAUGAUACUGGCAAGUGAAUGUACCAUGACGUCCAACUUCACCAUCCUCGUCUCAACUGAUGUCAUUUGAUUUUCUUUGGGCAUUUUGUUUACUUGCUAAAUGAACAACUGUACCUGGCAUUAUAAUACUUGCCUAUUCUUGUAGUUUCAUCUGUGGCUAUUUAGAUACUACAGAUUUGAGACUUUUGCUAGACGAUACUCAUUUGUGCUGAUUAUAAAUUUUGUCCAAGCAUGGCCAUGGAAACAUAACAAUGAAGGACUGUAGCCCCGGACCUGGGCGGGAUUAAGAGCUAUUUUUAAAUGUGAACUUGUUUCAUUUAUAUUUUAAAAGCGUCUAGUUCAUGAAAACUAGUUCAUGUUACUUCCAA